AACGGUUACAAAUUUGUUCCCUCGCAUAAAGUCGUAAUACUGCCUCGAAAUGUUUUAUUUCUUGUUAUUUUCUUUUAUAGAAAAGUAUACUUACUGUAGAUUUUAUUAAUUAUCAUACAUCAAACAGACCGAAAAUGAAUGAAGAUACAGUUCGUGUUGCUGUGCGUAUCCGUCCAUUAGUGAAAACUGAAGUUCAAAAGGGAUGUCGAACAUGUUUAAAUGUUGUCCCUGAUGAACCACAAGUAAUUAUACGUAAUACAGAUAAAGCUUUUACAUUUAAUUAUGUCUUUCCUCCUGAUAUUGGUCAAGAAACCUUUUAUGAUGUAGCUAUUAAAGAUAUGGUAAAGAAUAUUUUUCAGGGCUACAAUGUAACUAUAUUAGCUUAUGGUCAAACAGGAAGUGGUAAAACCCAUUCAAUGGGCACCAAUUAUGACGAAACAGAAGAUAUGGGUGUUAUACCACGAGCAAUACACGAUAUAUUUGAUAUAAUUUCAAUGAAAGAAAACUGGAGUUUCAGAGUUACGGUUUCAUUUAUGGAGCUAUAUCAAGAACAAUUGUACGAUCUUUUAACUGACAAAGAACGUAGUCAGUCUAUUGUUGAUAUUAGAGAUGAUGGAAAACAUAUAAAAGUUGCUGGAAUUGUAGAGAAGGAAGUGAUGAAUGCAAAAGAAACAUUACAAUGCUUAGUACGAGGAUCUCUAGGCCGUGCAACUGGUGCUACAGCAAUGAAUGCUCAGAGUAGUCGUAGUCAUGCAAUAUUUACGUUGUGUAUACAUCAAUGCAAAAAAGAUGAUCCUAAUACAGCAACAACAGCCAAGUUCCAUCUAGUAGAUUUAGCUGGGUCUGAACGUAGUAAAAAAACACAAGCAACCGGUGAAAGAUUUAAGGAAGGUGUCAAUAUAAAUAAAGGACUGUUAGCAUUAGGAAAUGUUAUAUCUCAAUUAGGCGAUGCUAGCCCUACAUCUUACAUUGGUUAUCGAGAUAGCAAACUUACGCGAUUAUUACAAGAUUCUCUUGGAGGCAAUUCCAUGACGCUUAUGAUAGCAUGUGUCAGUCCAGCAGAUUAUAAUUUAGACGAAACUCUAAGUACACUGCGUUACGCGGAUAGAGCACGGAAAAUAAAAAAUAAACCUGUGAUAAAUCAAGAUCCACAAGUUUUAGAAAUUAAUAGGUUGAAUAAAGUGGUGCAAGAAUUGAAACUUGCUUUGGUAGGUCAAGAAAUCGGAAUGUCUUGUCCGCUUGAGCAUAAACAGCUUGAAGAAAAUAAUAAGUGUUUGCGACAAAAAAUAAGAGAUUUAACAGAAAAGCUACAUGCAAAUCUGAUAGAAGUCGUAGUUAUGCACGAAAGAGCCGAACUAGCGGAACAAGCUAGAGAAAAAAUUCAGACAGAUAUGCUGAAAAUAUUAGAAAACUGUAAAGAACUUUUAGAUAAUUUUGAUAAAAAUCCUGAUACACAUACUGAACACCGUACAAAAUUAGAAGCUAUAUAUGUACAAAUUCUUGAUAUACAGAAAGAUCAGGAAAAGACAUCGGAGGAGCUCAUAAAUUGUGGAAUAUCUGUUACUUCAAAAACAUUUACAAUGGACAGUGAUGAGGACUCGAAACAUACAUCUGUAAAUGACACAAGUUCUGAAAAUCCAGACAGUUUAGACGAUUUCGAUAAAAAACACGAAGAGCAUACUUUGCUUCAAGUCAAAAGGAAUAAUGAAGUACAAAACAUAAAUAAGGAACUGGCUAUUAAGGAAAGUCUUAUGUGCCAGUUGUUAAAAGACUCUUCUCAAAUGAUGGAUUAUUCCAAAGAAAGACAAGAAAUGGAACAAGAAAUAAAAACGCUUCAAACGGAAAGGGAUGAACUUGUACAAGCGCUGCAAAGUGUUCAAGCAAAUAGUGUUAGUUCAAAGCUGGCAGAAAGUCGGCGGAAAAAGGUACAAGAGUUGGAAAAGAAAAUAGGAGAAUUGAGGCGCAAAGUUUCCGAGCAAGAUAGAAUAGUAAAAAUCAAAGAGAAACAAGAUCAACAAAUAAAAAAUUUAUCAAAUGGAAUGCAAUUGCUAAAGAAAACUAGGGUACAAUUAAUUAAACAAAUGCGUACUGAAUCUGAUAAAUUUGCAAAAUGGAAGGAAUCUAAAGAGAAAGAACUGAAUAGAUUAAAAGAUCAGAAUUUAAAGAAAACCAAUGAAAUGACUCGUUUAAAAAUGUGGCAUAGUAAACAGGAAACAGUGUUUAAAAGAAAAAUGGAAGAAGCUUUUGCUGUCAACAAAAGAUUGAAGGAAGCUCUUGAUUUACAGAAAAGAGCAGCAAUAAGAAGGGAAAAUAUGAACAAUAAAUCAAAUAAGAUUAAAAAUUGGCUCAUUCAAGAGUUGCACAUAUUGGAGAGUACUGUUGAUGCUGAAUACUCGCUCGAAAAUUUAAUGCAAGAUAGAGCGUCGUUGACACGUGUGCUAGAUAAAUUGCGAAAUAGUAGCGAUACAAAUGAGGAAAAGAUUUCCGAAAUUAUUGAAUUUCUAGAUUUGCGUAAUACACAAAUUACUGAUCUUCAACAGAAAAUUGUUGAGUCAGAUCAAGAAAAUAGAAAACAUUCGAGAUGGCAACAGAUACAUACAAUAGAUGAUGCAAAAACUGCCCUUAAAAUAUUAUUUAAACAUACAGCAGAAAAUAGGAGAAAACAGUGUGUAAAGGAAUUUGAGUACAAGGAUCUUUUGGAAAAGUAUGAAGAAAUACGAGCAAAGGGGACGGAAACAUGUGCUUCGCAACAGUUCGCAAUUGCGAAUACAAAUUGCAUUAAGCAACUUGAAAACGAGGAAAUCGACAAAUUAAAAGAGGAAUUAAAACAUUACAAAGAAAAAUGCCAACAUCUAGAGCUCACGGUUUUAAGUGAAAUCAAGGGUACGAAUACAGUAGUGAAACCUAAAGUCAAACGGCAAACGAUGAGAGUUACGGAAAUAAUUGAUGAAAAUACGUGCCCUAUGUCAGAUGACAGUAUUAUCGAUGAUCCUGAUAAAGAUCCAGAUUGGGUACACACACCAUUUUAUAAUCGCAUUCAAAAACUUCAGAACACAGCCAAAAACACUUCGCUUGAUCACACGAUACGAAAACGAUCGGUGGAGGGGGAUAUAAAAUGUGGUUGUAAAACAAAAUGUUCUACACGUAUUUGCUUAUGUUUUAAGAAUAAAAUUGCUUGUUCCAACUGUAGUUGUAAUCCAGAAAAUUGUCAAAACAAAGAUAAUACUAAUAUUAAUCGUACUUUGCUCUUACAGUAUAAUGAAGACAAAGAGAUCAAUGAACCAAUAAAAAAACAAAGUUCAGUACGAUUGAACUUGCGAGAAUUGACUGUUUAUCGUAGCCUUCUGGUGGCGAGUCCAAAUGAUGUUGGUGUGCCAUGA